AUGUAUCUGACACGGAGCCAAAUUAAUUCAUAUGGCAGCAGCAGCAGUAGUAACAGCAGCAGCAGCGACAGUAGUAACAGCAGCAGCAGGGACAGUAGUAACAGCAGCAGUGACAGUAGUAACAGCAGCAGCAGCGACAGUAGUAACAGCAGCAGCAGUGACAGUAGUAACAGCAGCAGCAGCGAAGGUAGUAACAGCAGCAGUGACAGUAGUAACAGCAGCAGCAGCGACAGUAGUAACAGCAGCAGCGACAGUAGUAACAGCAGCAGCAGCGAAGGUAGUAACAGCAGCAGUGACAGUAGUAACAGCAGCAGUGACAGUAGUAACAGCAGCAGCAGCGACAGUAGUAGCAGCAGCAGCAGCAGCAACAGUAGUAACAGCAGCAGCAGCGAAGGUAGUAACAGCAGCAGUGACAGUAGUAGCAGCAGCAGCAGCAACAGUAGUAACAGCAGCAGCGACAGUAGUAGCAGCAGCAGCAGUGACAGUAGUAACAGCAGCAGCAGCAACAGUAGUAACAGCAGCAGCAGCGAAGGUAGUAACAGCAGCAGUGACAGUAGUAGAAGCAGCAGCAGUGACAGUAGUAACAGCAGCAGCAGCAACAGUAGUAACAGCAGCAGCAGCGAAGGUAGUAACAGCAGCAGUGACAGUAGUAGCAGCAGCAGCAGCAACAGUAGUAACAGCAGCAGCGACAGUAGUAACAGCAGCAGUGACAGUAGUAGCAGCAGCAGCAGCAACAGUAGUAACAGCAGCAGCAACAGUAGUAACAGCAGCAGCAGCGAAGGUAGUAACAGCAGCAGUGACAGUAGUAGCAGCAGCAGCAGCAACAGUAGUAACAGCAGCAGCGACAGUAGUAACAGCAGCAGUGACAGCCAACAGCGUAGUAACAGCAGCAGCAGUGACAGUAGUAACAGCAGCAGCAGCGACAGUAGUAACAGCAGCAGUGACAGUAGUAACAGCAGCAGUGACAGUAGUAGCAGCAGCAGCAGUGACAGUAGUAGCAGCAGCAGCAGCAACAGUAGUAACAGCAGCAGUGACAGUAGUAGCAGCAGCAGCAGCAACAGUAGUAACAGCAGCAGCGACAGUAGUAACAGCAGCAGCAGCGACAGUAGUAACAGCAGCAGUGACAGUAGUAGCAGCAGCAGCAGCGACAGUAGUAACAGCAGCAGAGACAGUAGUAAUAGCAGCAGCAGCGACAGUAGUAACAGCAGCAGCAGCGACAGUAGUAACAGCAGCAGCAGCGACAGUAGUAACAGCAGCAGCGACAGUAGUAACAGCAGCAGCAGCGACAGUAGUAACAGCAGCAGCAGCGACAGUAGUAACAGCAGCAGCAUCAACAGUAAUAACAGCAGCAGCAGCAACAGUAGUAACAGCAGCAGCGACAGUAGUAACAGCAGCAGCAGCGACAGUAGUAACAGCAGCAACAGCGACAGUAGUAACAGCAGCAGUGACAGUAGUAACAGCAGCAGCAGCGACAGUAGUAACAGCAAGCAGCGACACAGCGACAGUAGUAACAGCAGCAGCAGCGACAGUAGUAACAGCAGCAGCAACAGUAGUAAUAGCAGCAGCAGCGACAGUAGUAAC